AUGAAUCGAUAUCGAUCAAGCGGUUCAUCAGUACAAACUGGAAUUGAGGGAAUUUUCCCACCUGAAAAUACAAGAUUGUAUACAAAUCAUACAGAAAAUACAGAAAGGUCUUUAUUUAAUAUUUUACUGAAAGGUGAAAUUCCCGCUAAAAGGAGCCUAUUUGCAGUUCCUAUUACCAAUGAAUUUACUAUCGGUUCGCAACUCAGGAGUGCAAUUUAUAAGAUAAAGGAAAAAACCUUUACCAAUGUUGACGAAAACAAACUCGUACUAUGGAAAGUCAAAAUUCCCAUCAAUGACAAAAAUAUGAGUAUACUUGAUGAAGCGUCUCGCGAAGAGUUGUUUCCAGCAGACGCAAUUCCAGAAGACUACCGUAAACAACAACCACCUGAGGUAAAGAUAAUCCAUAUCAUCGUGGAAAAACCACCGCCCGUUACCACUAUUUCGUCGAUGCACAUCAUUCCUGACGAAGUUAAAAUUGAAAUUAAAAAUAAAGUUAUAAAGACUUUUCCACACAUGAAUAUUCUUUCAAUUGACCAACUUAUUGACGCGCUCGCCUUGAUUUGGGACAUUGAGGCAUUAGAAAGUGGCUCUACAGUUUCACAAAAUGAUCCGUAUGUUGAACUGAGGACGGCACCCUCUUUUUUCAAAAUAAGCUUGCCCCGUGGUAUAACCGAACGAACUUUCACAAAAGUUGAUCUGUGCCUCCCUUCUUACAAUAUAUCCGGAGAGAACUAUCACAAUCCCUUCUAUGAUGACCCACAAUUCAGAGAAACGGUUUCUUUUGUGCAAAAAAAGAUUGAAGAAAGACCGAAAGAUAUAAUCGUUCUCGCCGGGGUCUCAGGAGGUGGAAAAACAUCGACAACAUUCGGAAUUGCCGUGCAACGUUGGUCAAUCUAUAUUGAUUUUUCUCCUAUUAUAGGUUAUUAUGGCGUCCAUUUGAUAACAGAACUUGAAGAAAUCAGGCGUGUAAAACCUAAGUUUGAACUCGAUGAUCAACAAAUUGAUGCAUUUCGCAUGUUGGACAUAGCAAUACUCUCACGCGGACUUUUACUUAUUAAGAUGAUUAUUGAGAAAAAAUUUUCAACACCAAAGGAAUGGUUAUUGGCACAGCUUCAAAUGAAUGAUUCGGAAACUCGAAGUAUCUUACGCCUUAGAAAAUAUGAUCCUGAUACUAUUAUUAUACUUAUCAAGAAAAUUAAUGCUUGUCUCAAAUUAGCUAAUCUAACCUUAAUAUUUGAUGAGUCGCAAGUCUUAUGUUCAUCCGAAUAUGGAAAAUAUAAAGGGUCAAAUCGUGGCAAAACAUGGAAUCUUUUGCAAGGUUAUGUAGCGCACCUUCUCCAAUUUCCCGUUACUUGCCUUCUUGCUGGCACAUACAUGCAUAUGGCGAGUGGAAUUUCUCUUGUCACUUCUGUUGGAAAAGAUUCAAAUUUGCAAACUCAUAUUGUGCUAAAACUUCCCUUUCUCUCGCAUGAUGAUGUCUUGCGGAACCUUGAUGCCGUAAUUGACCUUGAGCAUGUUAAAACCGAAACUCGCGACCUCCUGGCAAAUCUUCUCAAGGGGCGACCUCGAAACUGUGCAUCAUUUGUUCGGCUGUUAAUAUCAAUGCCGAGAUCAAAUGGUAAAACAAAAGAUCAAGUGCUACGAGAACUUAUUCCGUUGUGGCAACAUGAAAUUUGCUUUUCCAUGGCAGAUUAUUUGGUAAACGCGUGUGAAUAUUUUGGUGCGGAUAAUCUCAAUUCAGAGAAAGCAAUUAUGGACGUUCUUAGACUUCGUGUUUUUUAUAAUCAUAAGUUCAAGGAAGCUAUAGAACUUCUCCAACUCAGCAUCAUUCCUUGCCAGUCACCAGAAUGCAUUGUUCUCAAAUAUAAUUCUAAAUUUGAUCAUGAAAUCGAAAUAAACACAUCGUUUGAAUCUUACCUUAUUGACAGCACUAAAUUAUUUCUUGAACGAAAACGAAAUAAAAAAAUGAUAGAUGUCUUUGUUGAUAACAUUAUCAUGCUCAAUAACGUUACAUCAAUUGGCAAUGAAUUUGACGUGGUCUUUAUUACGGCAAUCAUUGAGAAACGCAAUCGUUAUGUACGAGAAGAACUUGAUAAAUGGAAAAAUGGACAACAAUUUGAUCUUCCUUCAUGGAUCACCCCCAAGAUGAAAUUUAUUACAACUUCAAAUCUAUCAAAUAGCGUUCAUAUAACUCAAUAUGUUAAAAACAUUAUGACCUAUAGUUCUUACGCAAUUCAACCAGAACAGCGUUCAGGAUCAGAUGUGAUACUUUCUCUCAUGGAUGAGAAUGAUGAGCAAAAUGUUGUGCUAUUAUCGGCAGGCUGUACAGUUUCUAGUAGUGAUUCUAUUACGAGAAAAAAAGUCAAAGAUCAGUUAAUCAAAUCAUGUUUGAGGUUUCAAUAUAUGGAAUGUCCAACGAAUACCCCAAAGAAGAAACCAAAACGCCUCAAAAUUGGUCCUAGUGCUGAUUUACCGAAUGAUGACACAGCUAAUGAAGAGGACAACUUAGAAGGAGAGGAGGAUGAAGAGUAUGGCCAAGAUUUAAAUUAUGUUGGUUUGGAUUAUGAUUUGGACUACACCGAAAACACUAAGAAUUACCAGAUAUCUGAGUUCUCUAAUCACAAACAAAUCAAUACUUUCAUUAGAAAUCGAAAACAUAUUUAUGUUUCAGUGGAACUUCCACAUAGAGCUGGCAUUAAAGCUGGCAAUAAAGCUGGCAAAAGAUCUGAAUUGUUUCGAUUAAAUGAAUAUGGUGAUCUUGUGAUCAUUGUGGAUGAUCGUAAUAUGAAGCAUGUUUUUGGAGAGACCAUUGAGAGACUAGUUGAAAAUCUUAGACAAAGAGAUAAAAAUCAAGGUUCGUUUAAAAAAAGAAAAAAUCAAGAAUAUUCGAUGGAUCAAACAGAAUAA